CGCCUCUCGUGACGGGAAGGGAGAAGGCGAAGAGGAGGUUCGCUAAGCGGCAGCUGAAUUCGCUUUUCCAUCUCAUGGAUGCUGGCUAUCUUUGAUAUGAAGAAAUAGGUCUGGGUGUGAAGGCCGUUAGUUGGAUUCCAUUCUGCCUUUGUUUGUCUACAUUCACACUUAAAAAAGAACUGAACUUGAAGCUGCCGCUAUGUCAGCUCAUCCAAAAAGCUACAAUCCUUUCGAUGAUGAUGAUGAUGAAGAUUUAAAGCCAGUAAAGUGGAAUGAAAGCAAUGAGCCUCCUAGGGAAGGCCCAGACAGACAGAGGUAUUUGCAGCAAGAAGUCCUGAGGCGGUCCCAGGCCACUGUAGAUAGCAGUAACCGUUCCCUGUCCCUCAUUUAUGAGUCUGAACAUGUUGGAGUAGCCAUGUCAGAGGAGCUAACGCGGCAAGGUGAGGCACUGAAGCGCACAGAACGCAUGGUGGAUAAGAUGGAUCAAGACCUAAAAACCAGCCAGAGACACAUCAACAGCAUUAAGAGCGUGUUCGGUGGCUUUGUGAAUUAUUUCAAGGCCAAGCCACAAGAGACCAAACCUGAGCAGAACGGGGCGUCCGAUUACCAAGCAAGCAGCAGAUUAAAAGAAGCCAUAUCUGUCAGUAAAGAACAGGAGUCAAAGUACCAGGAGAGUCAUCCAAAUUUACGAAAGUUGGAUAAUUCAGAGGAUAACUCCAGUGGAGCCAGUUCAAAUUCUUCAUUCCAGCCUGAUAGUUACCCCAAGAAUCAACAUCUCCGAGCUUACCACCAGAAAGUUGACAACAACUUAGGUGAAAUGUCCUUAGGGCUGGGCCGUCUGAAGAACCUUGCUCUUGGCUUACAGACCGAAAUUGACGAACAAGACGACAUCCUGGGUCACCUCACCCAAAAAGUGGAUACUCUGGAUGUCAAUAUUAAAAGCACGGACAAAAAAGUCAAGGAGCUUUAAGGAGCUCCAAGUCUCUCAACUCCAUGCAGGAACUCCAUGUGUUUGAUACAGCUGGACAUUGUCUUGCAGUCUGGGAAAACUACAAGCAUAAGAAAAUGGCUGAUGUGACUGGCUUGCCUUGUGAUUAAAAAUGAAUAACCUUAAGUGCAAUAUGAGAAUUUUAAACCACCUUCUUUAAUGUAUCUGCACGUAACUGCAGUUUUAAGAUUUGUCUCUUUGGGCUUCUGAUCUGGACAAACGUUUUAAAAGUUGACGUGUUACCCUGAAGUGCUCCUAGGCCUUAAUUGUGGCACACAACCAUUGUGAUAAGAGUAUGUGUGGCCUAUUUCACAAUUAGCAUUACUUAUUCCUCAAACGUUGAGAAAUUGCUGGUUGCGGAGUAGCUCCAAGUUACUUGUUUGUCAGCAUUUCAAAGCUUGGGCACACCAAGAGGCUUCCAGAACAGCCUGCAAAAAGUCAGAGCACGUGUCAGUGAAGCAAAGCGACAGUUUUAAUCAAGCAGUGGUUCAGAGGAUAGAAAAAGCAAAUUUAGGCACUAGAUUCUUAGUUGCAAACUUCAGAAGGUCAUGGACACGAUGGAAAGACUGCCACUUCUUCUCUUCUCCCUCUAAUAGCCUCAUACAGAUCCAGGCAUGAUAGAGGGCUCUAGGCUGCUUCCUUUCCCUCUGAUGGCUUCAUCAGUGACAGUUGGUAGCAGGAGGGAGGGGAGGAUCUCAGCUGGAGCUGGACCCAGGCAUGAUGGAGAGGUGUCUGGCUGCUGCUUCCUUUCCCUCUCAUCUUUCUCCUCUGAUGCAUCAAAAUGCUUAAUGGGUGCCAAUAUGAUUAAGUGUGUAUUUAGAGAAUAGAUUUAAACCGAAGAGCAGAGGUUUUAAACCUGUUUUUAAAUUGACUUGAGGGAAUUCCUAGAACACCACACAAUUAGCCCAUGAUGCUUUGGAUCUUCGAUUCUUGAACAAAGAUUCCCUGUGUGCCAGCCUUCCUCAACCUGUUGCCCUGCAGAUGUUUUGCGUUGCAACUCCCAAGAUUCCAGACCAUCGGCUAUUCUGUCUGGUGGGAGUUGAAAUCCAAAACAUCUGGACGGAUCAGCUUGGAAAAAGCUGCUGUAUGUUGAAGGCAAAGUGCUUCCAGAACUGAGUUUAGUUUUGAAUUUUAUGUGUGAUAUGGCAUGCAGGUCUGCCCUCUUGCUACACCUAAAGUAACUCUGGAUACUGGCCAAUAGGUGUAGUCACCUGCUUCAGAACUGAUUGUGAUGCUAAUUUAUUCGAAGGUAUUCCAUUCUGUGUAUUGAUUUUUUUAGCAUAGCUCCUCUUAGGUACAAAGCAAACUUCUUUUUUUCUAAAUUCCAUUUGAUCAACUCUGUGUUUAUUUGAAAAGAAAACAAGUUUGAAACCCACACUUACUGGCAAAUACCCAUCCCUUGAGUCCCUUCGGUGAAUCAUCAUAGUAGAACUGCUCGUAAUUGCAAUAAUUAAUAUGAUUUCUACUGUCACAUGUUGCCAGUUAUCCAGUACCAGCCAUGGCUCUUAGCAUUUCAGUUAUGCUGGCUAUCAGUGAUAUGCUGACUUUGAGUUUAAACCCUUCCCUCCCACUUUUAAUUCCUUGGAAACUUGGCAAAAGUCUAUCAGUACUACAGUACCUACACAUCACUGCUGUCAUAUCUGUUACUGUAGUUCCUUUCUUAAUCCACUUCUUGUAUUCAAGGUUGAGUCUGAGCAGCUUAUGUUACUGUCUCUAAACCUUAAGAAAUAUGGCUUCUGACUAUCAGAGAACUGUAUUAGAGAAAGGACCAGAGUGGGAACUCUCUUACCUUUUUACCUGAAAUCUAUUUAGCUAGUACUUUCUCACUACAUGAACUUUAAUGCUGGUGAUGUUCGUAUAGAUUCAGGGUAUGUGUACACAUACCCUCUCUGCAGAAGAAAUGCCUAUUUCACAUUCACAAUUAAAUUAGUAGAUCCUGUUAUGUCAAUUUAGUUCUUAAAUGUUUAGUGGUUGAUUGGAAGGCCCUGAUUAAAGGAUUAUGGG